AUGCAGAUGAUCCCUAAAAGAUUACCAGUGGAUAUCUAUCAUCCUCACAAAGCUAAUGCUGAGGAGAUGACCAAGUACCACAGUGAUGACUACAUUAAGUUCUUGCAUUCCAUUUGCCCAGAUAACAUGUCUGAGUAUAGCAAGCAGAUACAGAGAUUCACUGUUGGUGAGGACUGUCCAGUGUUUGAUGGCUUGUUUGAGUUCUGCCAGCUGUUUACUGGUGGCUCUGUGGCAAGUGCUGUGAAACUGAAUAAGCAGCAGAUGAACAUCGCUGUGAACUGGGCUGGGGGUCUGCAUCAUGCAAAGAAGUCUGAAGCAUCUGAUUUCUGUUAUAUCAAUGAUAUCAUCUUGGCCAUGCUGGAACUGUUAAAGUAUUACCAGAGGGUGCUGUAUAUUGACAUUGAUAUUCACCAUGGCGAUGGUGUGGAAAAGGCCUUCUAUACCACAGACCAGGUCAUGACUGUGUCCUUUGAUAAGUAUGGAGAGUACUUCCCAGGAACUGGGGACCUAUGGGAUAUUGGGGCUGGCAAAGGCAAGUACUAUGCUGUUAACUACCCCCUCCGAGAUGGGACCGAUGAUGAGUCCUAUGAAGCCAUUUUCAAGCCAGUCAUGUCCAAAGUAAUAAAGAUGUUCCAGCCCAGUGCAGUGAUCUUACAGUGUGGCUCAGAUUCCCUAUCUGAAGAUAGGUUAGGUUGCUUCAAUCUGAUCAUCAAAGGGCAUGCCAAGUGCAUGGAGUUUGUUAAGAGUUUCAACUUGCCUAUGCUAAUGCUGGGAGGAGGUGGAUAUUCCAUCCAUAAUGUUACUCGGUGUUGGACUUACGAAACAGCUGUGGCCCUGGACACAGAGAUCCCUAAAUGA